GCUCCGAAGAAGUGAAACAAUGGGGGCUCUUCAACUCCAUUCUAUCUCUCCUUCCUUACAUGUCUGCCUGGAGCCGGAGCCAUCGUGCGUCCACCAUAAUCCGUCGAGGGCCCUUGGCGACCUCAACAUUUCGCAGUCAAGUCCGAUUGGAAAGCUCAUUCUAAAAUUUUGGCACCAGAGAGUACAGAGAUGGCAUCAUCACUCACAGAACCUUCUGUGGUGUGUUGACAAAGGAGGCCACCGGAGGUCUGUCUUUUCGGACGGCGGCGGAGAAUCCUUGUCUGGAGUCCGAUCCUCAAGCUUCGUCCGCCUGCUCCCCCUCCUUCAGCCGCCCCAACAGCCCAUUCUCCAUCCGACUGAUGCGAUAUCGUCAAUCUCGUCCAUUCAGAAAAAAAAGAAAACUGGAGGAUGUUUUGAAUUGGCGCUCGACAUUCAUUUCGGAGCAUCUUUGGCGAUUGUUUCACUUCAUAGGGUUUAUCCUCGACCAAUUACUUGCUGAUUUUCCUUCCCAUGCGACCGAUUUUCCUUUAUUAGGCGUUACUUUUGCUAAUCUUCAGAAGAUGCAUUUUCCUUCAAGUUCGCCCGGCUCCUCAUAUUAACUUCAACCUUCGACUCGCUCUCUCGUCCAUUAUUUCCAGAAACCGGUACUUCUUUCUUUAGAUUAUUGUGUUAUCUCCAAGUUUCAUGGUGUAAACUUGUGCAUUUUCUUGAAACCCUGUCCUGUGGUCGAGCGACACCCAGGAGAUAAUCACAGUGGAAUUUCUUAUUCUUUUCUGUCAACUGUUUAUAAACUUCAUAUUUCGGACGUUGGGUAAUCUUGCUUGGUUGCAUCUCCAAGUUAAUUGAAGUGUUUAUGGCGUUAAAACGCUACAAAAGAAUGCAACACCGAUGAGUUUGACAACCAGGGGUCGUCUUUGUUUGAUGGGGAUGCUGGUACUGCAUUAGAAUUGAAUUAAUUACUCUUGGAGAGAUUCCUGAGGCUGCGUUGACAACUGGCCGACAAAUAUUAGCCGUAUUGCGUCUCUCUUCAUUUCACCUGGUACAGGUUCUACGUUGAUUGAGAGAGCCUCUGACAAAGCAUUUUCUGAAAGGGACUAAGAUGCAAACAGGAUCUGUUUUAAGGCUUAAUACUACUACUAUGUAUUCUGGUGUUGUGAAAGCAAUAGCUGCCGGACAUCGAAGUGGACUGUGCUAUAUCAACAAUUUGCUGCGUGGACGAGGGGAAUUGUUGACCAAGGAUUGCAGGUUGUCUCAUUCCUUGCCAUAUUCUACAUUGUUGAUAUCAAAUACCUUGCAUUUUUCACCAAGAUUCCAUCCCAAAAGAAAAUCAAUGGUUGCUUCUAGUGACGUUUUCAGAGAUGCAUGUGUCAAUAAUUUAAUAAAAAACCAUGGAAAAUCUCUAGAGAUUGCAACACCUGCGGGAGUGUUUAACCAUAGGAGUCGUAGGAAUUUCCAGAAAGCUUGUGUGGGUUUGAGAAGGAAACAACCAUCCUAUAAUUGUCUAAUCUCUCGGAACAGUUCAAUUGAUGUAAAGCGUAUGAAGGACAACUACUUUCUGCAAAUUGGGUUGACCAAUCUUCAUGCCUUGUCUCAUGCAUGCCAUGCUGCUGGGACUGAUAAUUCUCCAGCUUUUGACAGCAACUCUCGUGAUGAACAGUUCACAAGUUCAAAGAUUUUGUCAAGCAAGGAUUUAUUAGGUGAAAGGACUUUGAAGCUGCUUUCAGGAUCAUGCUAUCUUCCCCAUCCAGCAAAGAAAGAGACAGGAGGAGAGGAUGCUCAUUUUAUUUGUGUGGAUGAACAAGUAAUUGGUGUUGCAGAUGGUGUUGGUGGUUGGGCAGAUGUUGGUGUUGAUGCUGGGGAGUUUUCUCGUGAACUUAUGUCAAACUCAAUAAGUGCAGUACAGGAGCAGCCUAGGGAUUCAGUUGACCCUGCCAAGGUGUUAGAGAAAGCUCACUCAGUCACUACAGCUAAGGGUUCUUCAACGGCCUGCAUCAUUUCCCUUUCUGAAAAGGGACUCCGUGCGAUUAAUCUGGGGGAUAGUGGAUUCAUAGUUAUAAGAGAUGGAAGCACUAUCUUCAGAUCUCCCGUUCAGCAACAUGGCUUCAAUUUUACUUAUCAGUUGGAGAGCGGCUAUAGUGGUGAUUUACCCAGCUCUGGAGAGAUUUUCAUAAUACCUGUUGCACCUGGGGAUGUCAUAGUUGCUGGAACGGAUGGCUUAUUCGACAAUCUUUACAGUAAUGAGAUUUCAGCUGUUGUAGUUAAUGCAGUUAGAUCUGGCUUGGAACCAGGAGUAACUGCUCAAAACAUAGCUGCUUUAGCACGCCAAAGAGCACUGGAUAGGAACCGGCAGACCCCAUUUUCUGCUGCUGCUCAAGAGGCUGGUUAUCGCUACUAUGGUGGUAAGCUGGAUGACAUCACUGUUGUUGUUUCGUUUAUAGCAGAUUCCACGGAUUCGUGAGUUUUUUCUACUGUCUCCUUCGACAAUGGAGCUCGAAUCAAGUGUAUUUUAGUGUAACAUAAUGGUGAUUGUGAGGAUUGGAACUCUGGUCCCAAUUUUCCCAGAGGUGCAGUUGACGAAGCUGCAGAAGAAUGGGUAAACUUUCUUGAGGUUUCUGCAAACUCCUAUCACUUGGACUCGCUUUUAAAAACAACCUGUAGGCAAAUGAUAGAUAUAACGUUAGAUUUUUGGGUAAAGAAACAACAGUAGCAUCCCACUGAUUGCUGCAAUCUCUUCGUGUUCUUGCUUCUAGCGCAUAGAUUCGAUGAAGACAACUAUUAGUCGAUGAUAAAUAACAAAUAGUCUGUUCUGUAUAUUAUUCCUUCUACUCUUUGAGAGCAAUAGAUAUAUAUUUUGUUA